AUGGAAUUGAGGGAUCGAUUGGGAAAAGCUAAGAUUUUCUUCAAGUUUGAUCUACGAAACGGAUUCCACCUCAUCAGAAUGAAGGAAGGUGAAGAAUGGAAAAUAAUAAUCGCUUCAAUAACGGAGAUUACCAAGAAGAGCUAUAGAGAAUUCCGACGGAUAGAAAUAACACAAGAAGCAUUCGAAAGCUUCAAGGAAGCAUUUGUAGGAGAACCAGUCCUCAAAGUAUUUGAUCCGGAAUUACCAAUAAUCGUGGAAACGGAUUCCUUAGAUUAUAUAAUAGGAGCAAUAUUGAGCUAA